AUGAGGCCCAACACACAUCUAAAGAAGCUUCUGAAGAUAGAUGUCUCUCCAGACUCCUCAUAUCCCGACAUCGAGAUAGCUCUGUCGAAUCUUCGGAGGAUCAUCAAGUCUGCCUCGCAGAAGGAGGUGAUACGAGGCGGGGUGAGAAAGAUGAUCCUGCUGUUCCACUCAAAAAACCGGACUGCAAAGUCUUUGGCGCUGAAGUAUCUUUCGAAGGUUAACAGGCAUGUGGAUGAGAUAGAUACAAAUAUUCUUUACAUGUUCUACUCGACAGACCCAAGGAUUAACGACCUGGCUGUAAGAUACGUGCAUGUGUUUUCAAGAUUCUUCAAGGACAAUGACAUUGUGUUUUACCAUGUGUACAGAUCAGAUAGCAAAUACCGCAAGGAUGCUAUGCGGGCACUGAUCUCCCAGUCUCCAAAGUACAGGGUCUAUGAGAAGGAGUGUGGGACUGAAGGUGACCUAGACCUGUUUGGGAAUGUCAGGAGAAGUACUCCCGAAGAGUACUUUGGGCGGCUGGCCCUGCCCAAGCUUGUAGUGCUUGCCUCCACAUAUCCUUGCCUUGUGAAGUACUUCAAGUUUACAAAGAAGUUCCUUAUGGAAGAGGUGCAUAAGGACAGCAGGUAUCCCCCGGGUGUCCUACGCCGUCUCAGGGCACUUCUGGGAGCCGAGAAAGGAAGAGACACGAUGUGGGACGAGUUUCUCAAGUGUCUAGGAUGGAUGAAGCAUGGGAGAUUUGGCCAGUGUGUUCCGGUCUUGAAGAAUCUCUCCAGCCUUGAGAUAAGCAGAGAGUACAAGACAAUCUUCAAUGUGUUUGUAAGAAAGAUGUUACCUUAUCUGAGUAGCAAGCCGGAGGGUGAGAAGAAGCCUCAGAUGUUUAUCUCAAGCAGUUUUGAGAUUGAGCUAAGCGGACUUUCUCGGAAUGGGGUCUACAGGGUACUUUUGCGGCUUUUUAAGCAUGGAGCGAAGCAUGUGGAUGGUAGAGACAGGAGGUGCAAAAAUGUUUAG